CCAGGGCCGGCGAUCCGCGGCGCCCCUGCUUCAGGUGUUGGGGCGGCUCCACGUCGACUGUGCCCUGUGGCCUCCGUGAACCUAGGCCGCCCCCAGCGUCCGGACCACCGGCCCUCGGCUCCCGUGAAAGCCAUGGCGGGGCCGGGCCCUGGGGACCCAGACGAGCAGUACGAUUUCCUGUUCAAAUUGGUGCUGGUGGGCGACGCGAGCGUGGGCAAGACGUGCGUGGUGCAGCGCUUCAAGACCGGCGCCUUCUCGGAGCGCCAGAGCAGCACCAUCGGCGUCGACUUCACCAUGAAGACGCUGGAGAUCCAGGGCAAGCGGGUCAAGCUGCAGAUCUGGGACACAGCCGGCCAGGAGCGAUUCCGCACCAUCACCCAGAGCUACUACCGCAGUGCCAACGGGGCCAUCCUUGCUUAUGACAUCACCAAGAGGAGCUCCUUCCUGUCAGUGCCUCAUUGGAUUGAGGACGUAAGGAAGUAUGCUGGCUCCAAUAUUGUGCAGCUGCUGAUCGGGAACAAGUCGGACCUUGGCGAGCUCCGGGAGGUUCCUCUGGCUGAAGCACAGAGCCUGGUAGAACACUAUGACAUCCUGUGUGCCAUUGAGACGUCUGCCAAGGACUCAAGCAACGUGGAGGAGGCCUUCAUGAGGGUGGCCACGGAGCUGGUCAUGAGGCACGGUGGUCCUCUUCUCAGUGAGAAGAGCACAGACCACAUCCAGCUGGAUAGCAAGGACAUUGGAGAAAGCUGGGGCUGCGGGUGCUGACGGGGGUGCAGGGCAGGGAGGCAGGCAGGGGCCUCCCCAUCUCCUCUCUGGUCUGCUAAGCCCAACCCUCCAGAGCUGGCCCUCUAGGGCACCAGCGAUUCUAGAUCAGCUGGAUAAAGUCCUGGAAUUAUUCAUCCCAUGGCCUGGAUGCUUGAUGGCAAAGCUACCCUGAAGAAGUAAGAAGCAGGAUUCCUCCUGUAGGAGGCCUGUUGGCACAGGGUAGGGUGUGGGACCCAUCCUGCCAGUCAGCAGCUUUCCCUCUCAUGCUCUUCACAUUUCAGGACUGGCCCAAGCUCACCAGUGUGGACUGCAGCUGGAGAGGGGCCAGGAAUGUGCCUCCCCUGUUCUAUACAUACUGGUUCUAACCAUCUCAUACUUUGUGUCUACUGCAGCUAUGGCAGCAGGUUGCUGCUCUCUAGGGAUGAGGUUGGUGCCCAGGUCAUUCCAGGGCCUCCAUAUGCAGCUGUAGAGAGCAAGAGCAACCAGCCCAAUAGGCUGGUUUCUGAGCAUAACCCCAAGGAAGCCCUAACUCCUUCCAGGCAAGGAACCUUGUUUCUUCACUGCCAGCUCUAAGCUCACAGACACCAUGGGGCCCAGCUUGCUGCCUUAGCAAGACGUCUCAAGUGUUCUGGUUUUCCAUGUAGCUUCUUGUUUUUAUUUUCAAAAAUGUAGGAUCACAGCAAAGCAGGGAUUGUCUGCUGGCUUGGGGCCCAAAGUUUUGUCACUCAGAUUACAAAACCAGUUAAUUCUUCAGUAUUGGGGCCUCAGAAGCUUGUGAGUUGGGAGAAUGAGAUAGGAAUGUGGACAUUUAAGGGAAAAGUAAAAUUUUGCAUCCUUGAAGUUCAGGUCUGAAAAAUCUUUCCUGUCAUUUUUAGAGCAUCAGCUCCCCCACUGCUCCCAGUCUAGCUUAUAGAGUUUCCCAAACUAAAAAGACAAGGCUCUGGUAAUUCUGAGUCUGGCCAUUUCACCCCCAUGGGUCCACCUGCCCUGAACAGCCUCAAUGUGUGCAGGGUGCUGAGGUUAGAAAGCAGGUUGGGGCUGAGAUCACGGGGGGUCUUCAAAGCAGCACCAUACUCUGCAGUGUAACUCAGAGGAUACAGGGACUGGACUUGGGUGAUCUUCCUAAGCCAAUUCCAGUUCCUCCUUGUCAGCCCAGUCCAGCCCUCCGGCCCCUCAGUGUGGGGCCUCAGAAAAUAAACUGCUCUCAGAGCCAUGGGCUAGGCCACAUCAUGGAGAGACAGCCCAGAGCUUAUUAGAGCCCAGGCAGCACCCCAAGCUCAGUCCUAGUCCCCAAUGCAGGCAGUGGCACUUCAGCUCAGACUUCCCUUGCUUUCUACUCCAAGCACUUUGGUCUGUGUUGCCCCCUUUCCCAGGCAGGCCUGGCUACAGAACAAGAAGCCAAACCUUUUACAGCAGACCUAUAGCAGUCUGGAAAGAUAGGGUUGAGCAUGAAUGGCUGAGACUGAAACAGGCAGGGCAGGUGGCUCCCUUUCAAGCAGGGAGGCAGCCAUGGAACUGCUGAGCCUGGUUCUGGAGGGGAAGAAUGUUAGCCUGGUUGGGCCAGAAGCUACUGAGGAGCAGUCUAUACUGAGGGGAAUCAGCCCAUUGUUAGCUGGAGUGGGGUGGAAGCUGGGAGCAAGAAGGCUGCCUGGCUUCCAUCCUCCAUGGCUUUGCUGAUGGAUGAGGCCCAGUUGCUGGCAGGGAGAGGAGAGUUGGUACCUGCCUGGCCCCUCCAUUGCAGUGUCAGGGCUCCACCUGCAGAGUAGAAAAUGCCCAUCACUGAGGGGCUCCCCAAAGAGGAUUCCAUUGAGGCCAAGGGCCAAGGUCCUCCAGCCCCAUGACCUCUCUGCUAAGGGCUAAUAUUUUGGCAGAGCUGGGCGUUGAACUUAGGCCCCAGCUAGAUAUCUCAUGAAGCCUUACCUGCUGCUUUCAGGUGGGAAGCAGCAAGGGGUCUUGGAGUAGAGGCAUGGGCCUGCAUCCCUAUGAUUGACUUGCAGCUCCAGUUCCAGCUGAGAGUACAGGCAGCCACUAGACCCCUCUUUCCCCCAGCCUCGCAGAGCCUAGGGAAAGAGGCCCCUCUACCCCUUCAUACGGAUGUCCUUGGCAUAAGGAUCCAGGGUAGGCACAAGAAUAGGUAGAUAGCUGGCUGUGACAAGCUCACUUGUCACUUUGGAAUGUGAGUCAUUCCCCCCACCUUUAAGGCAGGAGGCCUGAAACCCUGCAAAGACUUGUCUUAGAAGGAGAAAGGAACAGUGGGCCUAGCCUGAGACCAGGGAGGCUUCUCACUGGUAACCUCUUGGUUUACCCAGAAAUCAAGGAAACAACUCUUCAUUUCUUCCCCUUUCACAAUCCUGAGAUGUUUGAAACUGGGUUGAAUCGAUCUCCUGCUACCCCAUCCUCCAUGCAUGGAACAGCCUCACUCCAGGGGUUUAGCCUUGAAAUUGGGGGUUACCUUGAGCUCCUCACCCACCCACCCCCACCACAGUGCUUGGAAACUACCUCCACAGUGCCCUGUCCUUUGCUCCUGACAGGCCCGUCCUCUCACCUGAACAUGUCACUGAUCUCCUUGGUUCCUGGGCUUCUAGCCUCCACUGCCCCAACUGACCCUCCUGCUGCUGUCAAAGUGUCAGUUGUGAAAGGUCAUUCCUGGCCCUGCCAUCCUAGGGUACUCAGAAUGCUGUCCACACUUGACCCAGACAUCCAAGGCCUUCACAGCUCCACCCUGGCUUCUGUCCAUCACCUGCUUAUUCCUCAGGAGCACCCUCUGUGUAGGCCAACCCCUUCCUGACCUCCCCCUACUUACUGACCCUGCCUUUUUGUUUAUGUUGUUUAUAAUCCCACAAAUGACCCAGCUGGACACCCCUGAGAACUGGCCCCACCUCAAGCUAAUCUCUUGCUCAUAGUACCCUCUAGCAAGAGUGAGUUCUUUCCCCACCCCUUGGCCUGUGAGGUUCCUCCACCCAAUGGGCUGAAGCCAUUUCCUUUAGGCUCCUAGAGAGAUACUUCCUGGCCCUCAACCUCAGACAUAAAUGCUGGUGUUCAGGGCCUGGCCUAGGGUGUGGUAUUGACUACAUGGAGUCCCCAUCAGGCUGGGGCCUCUCUACUUCUCUGGGCUUUAAUUCUGUGUCAGAUGGGGUAAGAGAAAAUGGAGGAAGUAUGUGAGACAGGAAACAAGGCUUACCUCUGUUUCCUCUCCCAGCAGCCUCUGGGGCAAGAGAACAGUUUAAUCUCUGUUUAUUUAUUUUAUUUUUAGAGAGGGAAGAAGAGAGAGAGAGA